UUCAAAAACAACUGAAACUUAUUUUAUUCUGUUCCUUACGUCCAACCUGUUGACACGCGUUGUUCUAAUCGGCAAUUAUUCAAUUCCAAAAUUGUGCAAAUCUCAAGAAAUUGUUAAAAGCGUCAAGUGACAACGCCUGCAAUAAUUGUUCUUAAUUAUAUUAAUCAUGUUUAAAGUCAUUCGUUCAUUAAACUCGGUUCCAAAGCGAUGUUAUUCAAUUCCGGCACCAAAAGAAAAACCUCAAAUUUUGUACACAGGCCUAUUCAUAAACAACGAAUGGCAUAAAUCGGAAUCAGGCAAGACAUUUCAAACAAUUAAUCCAGCAACCGAAGAAGUCAUUGCUGAUGUCCAGGAAUCGUCGAAAGCUGAUGUCGAUAAAGCUGUAGAAGCUGCACGAAAUGCAUUCAAACUUAAUUCUCCUUGGAGACGUAUGGAUGCUAGUUCCAGAGGCAAAUUGAUCCAUAAGCUUGCAAAUUUAAUGAAACGUGAUCGCGUGUAUUUGGCAAGUUUGGAAACGCUUGAUAAUGGAAAGCCGUAUGCAAUGAGCUACAACGUAGACGUUCCAAUGGCAAUUAAUAAUCUUCAUUAUUUUGCCGGAUGGGCUGAUAAAAAUCAUGGCAAAGUUAUUCCUAUGGACGGUGACUAUUUUGUUUAUACAAGACAUGAACCGAUUGGUGUUUGUGGACAAAUUAUUCCAUGGAACUUCCCAAUUUUGAUGGCUGCAUGGAAGUUGGGUCCAGCACUUGCUACUGGAAAUACAAUUGUCCUUAAACCAGCUGAACAAACUCCAUUGACUGCACUUUAUAUUGCACAAUUGAGUCGUGAGGCUGGAUUCCCAGACGGUGUAAUUAAUGUCUUGCCAGGAUAUGGCACAGCUGGUCAGGCUCUUGUUGAUCAUCCACAUGUCGAUAAAAUUGCAUUUACUGGAAGUACGGAUGUUGGAAAGAAGAUUAAGUCGGGUGCAGCUUCAUCAUUGAAACGAACGACACUUGAACUUGGCGGUAAAUCACCAAAUAUUGUCUUGGCUGAUUGUGACUUGGCACAUGCUGUUGAAACUUCUCAUUUCGGAUUAUUCUUUAAUAUGGGUCAAUGCUGUUGUGCUGGUUCGAGAACCUUCGUUGAAGACAAGAUUUAUGAUGAAUUUGUUGAAAGAUCAGCUGAACGUGCUAAGAGACGUACUAUUGGAAAUCCAUUUGACUUAGCAAAUGAACAAGGUCCUCAAAUUGACAAAGCCGCACAAGAUAAAAUUUUGAGAUUAAUUGAAACUGGUAAGAAGGAAGGUGCAAGAUUAGUCGCCGGUGGAACGCAUCCAGCCAUGAAGGGAUACUACAUUGAACCAACAGUCUUUGCUGAUGUGAGUGACGACAUGACAAUAGCUAGAGAAGAAAUCUUCGGACCAGUUCAACAAAUAAUCCGCUUUAAGAAACUCGAUGAGGUCAUUGAACGAGCUAAUGAUAGUGAAUAUGGACUUGCUGCAGCAAUCUUCUCAAAAGACAUUGACAAGAUCAAUUACUUAAUUCAGGGUGUUCGUGCUGGAACUGUUUGGGUUAACACAUACAAUGUUUUGGGAUCACAAGCUCCAUUCGGUGGAUAUAAGCAAUCAGGACAUGGACGUGAGAAUUCAGAGUAUGGUUUACAAAACUACACCGAAAUUAAGAGUGUCAUCACAAAAGUUCUUGGAAAGAAUUCAUAAAUUUGAUGCUCUCGUUUAAAAAUUGUUUAUGCUUAAAGUUCCAGAAAAAUUUUAUUUUUUAUACAAAAAAAACGGCUUAAAGCUGCUCCAUUUUAAUUUGAGGAAUGUUUGGGUUUGUCAUAUAAUUCAAGUAAAUAUUUUUGUAAAAUAAAGUAAAACAUAUCAUAUUAACCAAAA